GCAUGAACCAGUGCUUCUCCACCAUACCACAUGUUGAUGGCAAUGCCUCCAAGUAACCAUCAGAACUAGUCUAUCCACUAUAGACUAAACAACACUUUCCGUGGGUUCAUUCAUUUUUUUCUUUGUAAUUAUUAAUAGUGAAUUGUUCCGCUAUCUGGUUCAGUCAAUCGAUCAAACGACUCAGUGAAAAUAUAACGAUUGUGAAUGGAAACGUACAUUAUUUUAAGUGUAAUACGCUAAACAACAGAGCUUAGGAUUUAAUUAACAAUUGACACAAUAUGUUGAUGAUGGACUACAAAUCGCAAUAUACGGCCUCGGUGAUAGGAUCGGAUACAUUAUCUGAUAGUGCAGCAAGUAGACAGCCAAGCAGGAUUCGUACAAUUAGACUUGUGCGGCCAAACUAUGGUGCAUUGCCUACCACAGGAUUGACUUGCAGACACGGCCCCAAUCUUGGAUUCAGCAUCAGAGGUGGUAGAGAACAUGGCACUGGAUUCUUUGUAUCUCAAAUUGAAUUGGGAUCCGUAGCCCAUCGUCAAGGUUUAAGAAUCGGUGAUCAAAUCAUUCGUGUAAAUGGAUUCACCGUAGACGACGCCAUUCAUAAAGAAGUUUUGCAGUUAAUUUCAAACUUCGUUCAUGUUUCGCUCAAAGUCCGAAGUGUCGGUAUGAUUCCAGUUAAAGACAAGCACACAGAUCCACUUAGUUGGCAAAUCAUAUCAGAAUGCAAUUCCUCUACAAGAUCAUCCCCUCAACUAGGCGAAAAAAAUCAAGAUGUUAUGAUUAACAUUUUAGUAUCGCCGCGCUCAAAGCUUGGAUGUGGUAUAUGUAAAGGACCAGAGUGGAAGCCUGGCAUUUUUAUUCAAUUCACGAGGGAGGGGGGAGUUUCCAGGGAAGCAGGUCUCCGACCUGGUGAUCAGAUAUUAUUCUGCAACAAUGUAGAUUUCACUGAUAUUUCCUUCAGUGAAGCAAUACAUAUAAUGAAAGCAUCACAUAAAUUAGACUUAAUUGUACGGAAAUCGGCAGGUUCAGAACUGUUUCCGGGUGAAUCGAGUGGAUAUAACAGUUCAGCGAGUUCGGUUACGGGCGAUCAGAGUCCUUCCUGGUCAGAAUCCAAGCGUCUUUCUAUUGUAAAAGAGGAGUCUUUAGUUUUAGAAGAUAGAUUGACUAAUUUGGAGAGGCUUAAGUGCAAGAAAUGGGAAAAAAUGGAAUGGGAAGAUUUGGAAGUAGAAGAUAAAUUCUAUUACAAACCAACAAUUAUUAAUUUAUCGGAAUAUGGUACUACAAUUAAGAAUAACGGUUCACAGUCUUCUAGUCUAAAUUUAAUAGAAAACAGCAAUAAAUACGCAGGAAUGAAUUUAGUACCAAAUCAACAUGAAAUCAAAACAACCAUUAAUGGAUUAUACGAAGAACAAUCAAAAAAUAAAACAAAUAAAUUAAGUAAAACACCUUCUGUUAGCAGUUUAACAAGUAUGCAAUCGACGACAACUAGUCUAUCUAGUGCAAUUUCACAAGAACUGCAACGUAGAUCGGAGAAAAAUAGAAAUAAAAAUAAAGAAGCAAGUAUUGAUGAUAAGAUGCAAAUUAAUAAAAUGUUGCGCACUUCUAAUUCCGAGAAGCAACAACAACACAAUAAAUUAAUGGAUGAAUUUAAAAAGGCCCACAGGAAAAUGUUCAAGUCUUGUGAGAAUUUGGAAACGGAAAGUAAUUCACCAACAGAUUUGGACCGAUCGGAAAAUAUAAAGAUAACAGACAGACUAACAAGCUUCACUACAGAAACUUUACAAACAAAGCCAUUGACUCUAACGAGAAAUGCCGGGUCGGCUUGUAUACUGCCACCUCCACCUCCGCCACCGUUACCAACUUAUAAUUGCCAAGAUAAGAACGACGAGAGUGUUAUUGAGAAAGAAAAACAUAAGGUUCCUCCUCCGGUUCCUGCCAAAACAUCCACGUUAUCAUUUUAUCAACCACCGCCUUGCCCAACGCCAGACUACGACUCACUCAGUAUAGACUCCAAUAUAAACAUUGCAAAAAAUACAUUUGAACAAUGCAGAAAAUCCAAUAAAAUCGCAAACAACGAUACAGUAGAAAUGGUGUCAAUUGAAUCAUCCAAAAUGAAUAACACUGUACAUAAUAAACCUAUUUUGCCCAAUCCUUGCUUUGCGAAUGCCGUACAAAUGGUUUCAUUGAAGACUACAAAUGAAGCAAAAUCAGUAAGUGUAACGAUUGGUGAAUAUCCAACGGGCAGCACUAGAAAAGUCCCCAGGAAAUUUGAAUUUCUACAGAACGGAAAAGAUAAAAUCGAUAAAGCAAAAGAACAGCCGAUUACAAGUAAACUAGCUUCGGAGUUGGUCCAAACACUGAACAGAUCUAAUCUGAAGAAGAAGACCGAAACUACAGUAAAUAUAUAAUAGACAUACAAUUGGCAAAAAUAAAUGCAAAUAUCAUACUUCAUUUAUUGGCAUGUGCUAUUAUACUACAUGUCAAUAUAACUGAAACCUAAGCAAAAACUAUCUGUGUACGAUUUUAAUGUUUGCAAUAAUAAUAAUAUUCAGAUAUUUAUUGAUAAUAAUUAUAAUCACAAAACAAACAAAAAAUAUCUAACAUCAUCUCUACUAUGA